AUGGCUUCCAGAUCAGAGGAGGAUCUCUGCUGUCCAGUCUGUCAAGACAUCUUUAGAGAUCCUGUUGUUCUGUUGUGUAGCCACAGCUUCUGUAAAGACUGUCUGCAGGGCUGGUGGAGAGAGAAACAGACACAGGAGUGUCCGGUUUGUAGGAAAAGAUCCUCGUCUAAACCACAUCUUAGCCUGGUGUUGAAGAACCUGUGUGAGGCCGUCAGACAGGAGAGAGAUCAGAGAUCUUCAGAGGCUCUCUGCAGUCUGCACUCUGAGAAACUCAAACUCUUCUGUCUGGAUCAUCAGCAGCCGGUGUGUCUCGUCUGCAGAGAUUCAGAAAAACACAUCAACCACAGAUUCAGACCCAUCGAUGAAGCUGCACGACAACACAAGAAGAACCUUCAGGAAACUCUGGAGCCCUUAAAGGAGAAGAUAAAGGCUUUUGAACGAAUGAAGGACGAGGUCUCCUACAAGCCUGUGAUCCUGGACCCAAAUACUGCUUAUGCAGACUUCAUCCUGUCUGAUGAACUGACCAGUGUGAGAAAACUAAAGAGACGGGGAGGGCAACUGCAACUUCCUAGCAAUCCUGAGAGGUUGGAUUGUGACUACAAAGGUGUCCUGGGCUCUGAGGGCUUUGACUCAGGGACUCACAGCUGGGAUGUCAAGGUCGGAAACAGUACAUUCUGGGAACUGGGUGUGUUAGCAGAGUCUGUCCAGAGGAAGGGAGACAUUCAGUCUGGAAUAUGGAGCAUAGUGUUCAAAGAAGGUGAAUACUCAGCAUGGUCACCACCAGAUCCAGAAACCGAUCUCGAGCCGGACACGCCGCCCCGGAGGAUCCGAGUGACUCUGGACUGGGACGGAGGAAAGCUGUCGUUCUAUGAUCUUUUUUAA